AUGUGCCCCAGACACAUAAUGUCGAUAGACGCUGAAAUUAAAUCCAUAGAGGCUGAGCUUAAACAUUGGUUCUUGUACCGCCGUUUGCAAGCCGAAAGAGCUAUGAGCAUCAGGAAACUGUUGAAGGAAUACAAUUUUAUCGGAUUGAAUAACAACAGCUGUGGAAUUGCUGUGUCUGAUGUAGACAAGAUGUUGUGGAAAGAUUUGACCAAUGGUUUGCCUAAGUUAGAGAAUUCUUUAUCAUUGAAUGCAAGGGAAAUGAAGGCUGAUAUGUAUUUGGAUAUGUUUAAGAAAGCGGCGGAUUUGGAAAAUCCGUGUUUCAACACAGGCAUAUCCUAUCUGCAGUGUUUACAAGAAAAUUUCAAGGAAUCUCAUGAACAUCGUUCGCACAUUUGCGGAAACAAAUUCAUUAGCUUUGAUAAUUGUAGGAAGGAUCUAGUGCAACAUCAGGAAGAGGCGAUUAAAAAGUCAAUUGAGAAGCAAGAUAUGAUGGAUUCAAGAGCCAGAAAUUUGUUUAACAUACGAAUGCAGUUGUUACAUCGCACUUAA